GAGCAGAGCUCUGCGAGGAGAACAUCCCCAGGUACACCUGCUGCUGCAGAGAUGGUGCACGCAACCCCCUUCCUGCUGGUGCUCAGCCUGGCCAUGCUGGCCUCGGCCCUCUCCGCAAGGAAGUGCACGUUGACCGGGCGCUGGACCAAUGACCUGGGCUCCAACAUGACCAUCAUGGCCGUGAAUGAGAAAGGUGAAUUCCUCGGCUCCUACCACACGGCUGUGACAGCCUCUGGCAACGAGAUCAAAGUGUCACCGCUGCAGGGCUCCCAGCACCGCACCAACAAGGACAGCCAGGCCACCUUUGGCUUCACCGUCAACUGGAGCUUUUCAGAUUCUGUCACUGUGUUCACGGGCCAGUGCUUUGUGGAUGAGGAUGGAAAGGAGGUCUUGAGGACAAUGUGGCUCCUGCGGUCAAACGUGGACAGCAUCAAGGACGACUGGAAAGCCACCAUGGUCGGCACCAACGUCUUCACCCGCCUGCGCACAAAGAAGGACGUGGGCAGCGCUCUCAGCCCCAGCACCGCUGCUGCCAUGGGGACCGGCGGCUGCUGCCUCCUGCUCGCCCUGGCGCUGCUCGCUCCGCGCUCCGCCGUUGCCAGGAAGUGCAACCUGCAGGGCUUGUGGAGGAACGAACUGGGCUCCAACAUGACCCUCUUGGCCCUGGACGCAGCUGGAACCUUCACGGGCUCCUACCACACUGCUGUGGCAGACACCGACAAGCAGAUCCUGGUGUCACCACUGCAAGGGGCCCUGCAGCACUCCAGUAACAAGGGGCAGCCCACCUUCGGCUUCACCGUGCAGUGGCAGUUUGCAGACUCCAUCACUACAUUUGUGGGCCAGUGCUUUGUGGACCGCCGAGGGAAGGAGACGCUGGAGACAACAUGGCUUGGGCGGGCGGCCCCGGCACGGUUGGAUUCGGUUUCGCUGCUGCCGACGAUGAGCCGCCGGCUGUGCGCGCUCGCCGUGCCCGCAGGGACAGCGCUGGCCGCGGCCGUAGCGGGGAUGCAGAUCUUCUGCCAGGCAGAUGGAACCCCGGGUGGGGAAAAAGCCAACGUGAAGGAGGCAAAGGCAACCAACAACAAAUGGUGGCUGAACCAAAGGCAUAAACACUCCACAAGGAAGAGCAAGGUAUGUGACCUGAGUGGCUGGUGGGAGAACGACCUGGGCUCCAAGAUGCUUGUGGAUGAGGUUGACAGCUAUGGCAACUUCUCAGGCGAGUACCACACCGCAGUGUCCAGCGCCCAGAAACCCAUCGAGCCGUCCCCCCUUGUUGGCUCCCAGCACCUGGACGAGGAUGGGCUUUGCACCUUCGGAUUCACUGUCAACUGGAAGUUUUCUGACUCCACUGCUGUCUUCGUGGGCCAGUGCUUUGGUGAGGACAGCAGGGAGGAGGUCCUGCAGACCUCCUGGAUGCUGCGGGAGAAGGUUGACUCCCAACACAAUGACUGGAAAGCCACAAGGGUGGGACGCAAUACCUUCAAGAGGGUGGCCUGAGAGGAGGAUGGAGAGCCCUCUUACUUCAGACUUGGAGAGCCUGAAGUCCCUGAGCACCAUCAGUGUGUACCAGCAUGGAGGCUGCUACCAGCCCCGAGGGAAGAUGUGCCCCAAAAACAAAUAAAAUGAACUAUUUAACUUCAAACCCAA